UUUUAAGCAGUCAACAUGUCAACUGUCAAAUUUUUUCUUGAUAAAAUUAUGUCAAAAUGACCCAAAUUGAUUUGGAAAGGUCUGAAUCUGAAACCAAAGAAUACGUUGGACAAUUCAACAAACUAAAUCAAAGAGAUAAAACAGGAUUCUUUACACAAUCCCAACCAAAUUGUCUAGUCAAAUAUAAUGGUACCUUCACAAAUGACAACUUUCAUGGCGAUGGCAUUUACACCCAAAUUAAACACGGCAACAACUUUAUCUUCGAAGGAACUCUAUAUGCCAAUACAUUCGAAGGUUACGCUAAGGUGAUAUACGUUUAUCAUACUAAUAACUCCCAAGAUGUUGGCUUCUGGAAUGGUACCGAUCUAAUGCGACUUGCGGUUGAAGUAAAUCCUGAAAAAAUUCCUAAUUUGGCAAGAACUCCGGAAGGAAAACUUGAAAUCUUAAAACAUCGAAGAUUAAUUUCGUUAAUGCCUGAAACACCUAAUAAAAGUCAGAAUCAAUUUGUGAGGAAUCAAAAAAGUUACUUUUUUAAUCGUUCGCAUUACGAUAAAAGGUUUAAUUUCAAUUCGAAUAUUGAUAGACAAAUAAAAUUGAGAACAAGUUCAGAAUCAGCCAUUACAAAUUUAAAAAAUAUGAUUUUUAAUACAAAGGGAAUUGAAAAUUGUACCCCGAAAGAAAUAUGUUUACUCCAACAAAAGUUUCAAAUAUUAAGUUCUUUAUUAGAUGAAGGCGAAGCAAUACCAGUCAAAAAUCCAGAUACCAUUGAGAUAACAGAUAUAUUAGCCUGGAACAAUGAAGAAUAUCUUGUUGACUGUUUAUUACAUGCAUUCAAACAUAGAAAUCGUGAAUACACAGUGCAAAACUCAACAUCGAAAAUUCGCCAAAACAAAAGACAUCUCUUCAACUCGCCAGGCACGUAUGAGACAGCAUGCAAAUUAUUCCUAGAAACUUCAUCGGAUGGCAACGAUCUAGAUUUGGUAAAACUUCAUCAACAGUUUCAGAUAAAUCCAGACUUAACCGAUAGUAAAGGAAACAGUGGUAUUUUCUACGCUGCAGCGUCAGAUAAAUUGUACAAUAUCAAAAGACUUGUAAACAUUGGAGCUGAUUUGAAUAUUGUCAAUGACGAAAACCUAACUGCUUUGAAUUUAUGUUUUUUGAGAUAUAUUGCUUUACGGCGGAAUAUUAAGGAUUGGGAAAAUGCAUUUCUGAUAAAAAAUGACACACAAAAUGAAAUAUUUACGCAGGAUUGGAAAAUACAAAGCUUAGAAGAUUUAUUGACGCAUACAUUAAUCACUCAUGUGGCUUCUAUUGUAGAUAAUCCUGAUCUUAAAGAAAACAAAAAUUUAAUUCGGCAAUAUCUGCAUGAUAUUGUCAUUGAACAGAAAUCUUUAGAUUGGUUUUUCGCUAAAAUGGGAAUAGACUUUCGCUUAAAGAAUGAACAAAGCUUUGAAACAACGUAUUACUCUGCUGAAGAUCCUAAUCAGAAAUUGUUAUUUGAUUGGAGUUUAGUUCCUCCAAGUAUUCCACAAGCAAAGUCAAAAACAGCUAAAAAACCAAGUGUAAAUGUUUUAUAUUUGGCUGAUGACAUAGGGGCGCGAUUUGAGACAGAUAAAAAAUUGAAUGUUAUCAGUAAUACCAUUGAGGUUUUGCUACGACUGGGAGCUAGUCUAAAUUGUUGCGAUGUACCUCUUCCAACAAUAAUAUUGGCAUUGUAUUGUGACAAUCAUAUACUUUUAGAUAUGCUUAUCGAGAAAGGUGCUAUUGUCACCAAUGUCUAUACUUCUGAUGAAUUGAAUUUGUUGCAUAUUUUAUGUUCGCUGCCUCCUACGCAAAAUCUUUAUAGAAUGGCGGGUGUUUUAUUGAAAGCUAAAGUAAACCCAAUGCAGCGAUGUUCAAUUCAACACUGGAGCGAAGAAAUUGAAAAUAUUAAAGGAGAUAUUGAUGAAAUUGAAAAUGAGGAUGUUGUUGAGUUAGGCAAAACUCCUCUCCAUAUUUUGGCAGCAAGAGUUGACUUUGAUAUUGAUCCAGAAAAAAAUUUGAAUAGUUUGGCCAAAACUAUCGCUGCAAAUAAUCCAAAAACACUUGAGAAACAUUACUUGGGACAUUCUCCAUUGAGUUUGGCUGUUUUGCGAGGUAAUAUUAACUUGGUACAAACACUAUUAGAAGCCAAAAGUAAUCCUAAUCAAAAAUUAGGAAAUAAAUUAGGAAAUGCGUUGACUAUUUACUGUUUGAAACGAUAUAGUAAGCCAAAAAUGAUUCCGCCUGUUAAUGAUUGCAAUCAAAUCAUUGAUAUGUUGGUUAUGUAUGGUGCAGAUCCCUUGAUGGAUAUCGAUGGAGUCAAUGCUAUUGAAUUUAUUGGCCAGGAUAAUGAAUCUAAACCUAAAACAUCUACCAUUAAUACUAGUAAGAAAGUUAAUGUAGAUCAAAAGCAGAAAAUGCUAAAAACUCCAGAUAAUCCAAAGAAAUUGGAAACUCCAAAAGGUUCAAAAUUACUAAAAGAUAAAGAAAAACAUCCACAGCAAAAAGAAAUAUUUAAUCAUUUAUUAAAUUUAACCAAAGAAGUAAUUCUAACAAAUUACCAAGAAGUUUUGGGUAUUUUUCUGUUUAAAAAAUUGAUGGAAGGAUCAAUACAGAAUUUUAAGCACUUGUUUCAAUUUCUAACGCAUGAGGAUGGUAUUAAGAUCAUUUCGAUGAGUCAAUUUGCAAAUAUUCUUGAUUUGACAGUUUACACUCAUUAUUUUCUUGCGUAUCUCUUCUUGGAAUGUAUUAAUUUAUACGGGAUUAAAGAUAAAGAAGCUAAAAUUGAUAAAGAGAACGCAAAUAAACAAACCAAAGGAAAUCAAAAGAGUAAGUCAAAUAAAACAAAAAUGUCAAAGCAAGCAAAAAGUAUUGAAUCAAAAGAAAACGAUGAAAAAAUACCGGAUUUAAAGAAUCAAGACAUUUUGGAUGCUAUAAUGACACAUCAAUUAUUCCUGGGUAAAUUCAUACAUAAUCAGUAUGACCCUGUACCUAAGAAAUACAAAGUUUGUUUCAAUUGUUGCCUUCACACUGAUAAAGAACUAAUUGCAUGUCCAGUCUGUGGAAUUGUGUAUUUCUGUUCACAAAAGUGUAAUGAAGCUAAUAUCAAAUCAAACUCUCGACAUCCCUGUAAAGUACUCUUUUAUGACGAAGAACUUAAAAAGAAAGCAGAUCCUAAUGCUACAAGUGUCAACAAUAUGGAAGUAACUAUUCAAAAGUUGUCUUUAAAUUUGCCUAAAAACUUAUACCAAAAAUCUACAAGAAAAUUUAUGGAAUUAGUCGACGCGAUCAAAGAUUCAGCACAUGAUGAAACCAAAAUAAGAAAUUUAAUGGAUUCACUUGGAUUGCAAAUAGAUCUUAAAGAAUUUAUUUCAGAAAAAUUAAUGAAAAAGCCAAAACGACUUGAAUUAUUACCAUCGGUGAAUGAAUUGAUCCGAAAGUCACUGAGUGCCAUUCCAUUUUUGAGUGUGUGCACAAGUUUCCUAACAAUACCAAAAGCAUCUUUAAUUGGGAAUAUUAUAAACAUCUCCAGCAGUGAAAACUUUGUUCCUAUCGAGUCCAAAGCCACCGUCAAUUUAGAGAGCGUGAGUCGUGCGGAACUGAAUGAUGCUUUGAGCAAUUUGAGUGAUUAUAAGUAUAUUCGACUAAUGUCCAGUAUGAAACCGGGAAGUAAUAUGUCUUUACCUGCGCUGCCCGAAAUACCAUCGCAUACUUCGUUGGUGCUGAGCAGAAAAAUGCCCGGGCACGAAUUGCCUCCAGAUAUAUUGAGUCAUAUUAAUGUUCCGCGCGUACAAUUAACAUAUUCGAGACCUGCAGAUAUCAGCAACAAAAUUAAAAUUAAUAAAACCAAACAAAAGCGGGAAUCGAAAGAAAAUCCAGUUAACAAGAAGAAAUCUAAUGUGCACGUGGGACGUUCGAAAAUGUACAAGAAAAAUUUGGCGGCUGUGAAGCCCAAUUAUACAUUUAUCAAAACAUUAGCCACUUUGUUUCCAGAGUUUGAUUUUACUUCGGCAAUGACGCCGUUUGUGUGCUAUUCGGAUUCGCAGUUUUAUUACAGGUUUAGCGAUUCAAAACCUGAAUUCUUUUCAACGCAUAUGUAACUUGUACAUCAAUAAAACGCACACAAUAUAUAAUUUA